CGAGCAGCUUCCGUUGACAGUUCGAGCACUUUUGACAGCGGGCAGAAAUAAAUAGAAGAAAGCAUACAAGGAACGAACUGUUUGCGGGCUUGUUUGUGAUUCAACUUUAAUUUAGACCUAAAUCUCUACAAAUCUCCGUGAUAAUGCUGAUCAAAGUGAAGACCCUGACCGGCAAAGAAAUUGAAAUCGACAUCGAGCCCACGGACAAAGUGGACCGGAUCAAAGAGCGGGUGGAGGAGAAGGAAGGCAUCCCUCCCCAGCAGCAGCGAUUGAUCUUUUCCGGCAAACAGAUGAACGAUGAUAAGACUGCCCAGGACUACAAGGUCCAAGGAGGUUCCGUACUACAUUUGGUGCUGGCAUUACGAGGCGGGUGUCUGUAAACGCUGAAGAUGGAAGUGGUCGGUGUUCCGCAGGAUUCUGCGGACCCCCGCAAACUCUGUGUCCUGUCGUCUCAUUGUUUGGUUUAAUUUUAUUGGUUUGGAAAAGUGUCACUGAAUAAAAGCACUACAUAAUCAAUAAGAA